UUUCCCGAGCUCUGCUCUCACUUCAAUCCCCUUUCUCCUCCUCCUCCCUCUCUUUGUUUACUCCCUCUUAAGAAAAUGGCAAUGGUUAAGCUCCUUGUUCUUCUAGCAAUUGCUCUCUUUGUCAUUAUGAUGGCCGAGUCCUCAUUGGCAACACCCCCAGUAACUGCUGGAGGAGAGUACCAUUUGGACAGGGCUGGAAGUGGAUACGGACCAGGGAGUCUCAAAAGCUACCAAUGCCAAGGUCAGUGCAACAGGAGGUGCUCAAGGACGCAAUACAAGAAGCCCUGCCUCUUCUUCUGCAACAAGUGCUGCGCAAAGUGCCUCUGUGUUCCUCCUGGUUUCUACGGCAACAAGGGAGUCUGCCCCUGCUACAACAACUGGAAGACCAAGGAAGGAGGACCAAAAUGCCCCUAAAAUUAUUAUCAUUAUCAUUAUCAUUACUAUUAUAUUGUCCCAUUUGGCCAUUUCCUUCCUUGAUCAAUUUGUUUAGCUGAAGUGUGUGGCAAACCUGUUAUAGUUGCCCCUUAUGGCCUAGUAUUUUAUUAUUUUGAGUUUCUAAUUCCGGAGACUUUUUAUUCCUACGUAUUAUUGAAGGCAGCACUCAAGAAUCUGAGUAAGUGUACUUCGGGGAACUGUUCCCUUCUAAUCUAAUGGAAGUUUCAUAA